AUGGCGUCUUGACGCAGCCCAAAACUCCCAACCAGAUUCGGAUUAAGCGGCGAUGAGCCCAAAGCAGAAACCCUAACCGGCUGCUUGCGUGCUCAGAACUACCGAAUCUUCCCCAGACAGCUGCCAGCCUAAACGCUCCCCUUCUCCGCAGCCCCUCUGCUCCUCUCCGGACUUCUUCCUUUCCUGUGCUCCUUUUUUUGCCCGCCGGGGAGCUCAAUCGGGCUUAUCUUCUGCUUUCCUGUCUUUGCAGUCGCAGGCACCACUUGUUUUACCCGUCUCGGCUUGUCAAGUCUCCCUCGGCAAGAACUUGCCAUGCCCCGCAGGAACCCGCUUGAUCUCGACCUUCUCGGCCGCGACGAUGCCGUGAUCCUCGACCACAUCCGCGACCACUCCGGUCCCGCCGAUGACCCCGACGCCGCCUCAUCCUCUGCAGCCAUCUCCUCGGCCGCCGUCGAGACCGAGUCCCCCACGCGCAACCUGACCUCCGACUUCACCCACUUCCGCGAACAGCCCGUGACUUUCCUCCGCGAUCUCGGCAAACACAUCGCAGGCACGACCUACCGGUCCUAUGACAACUACGUCGGCAGGAAAAUCUUCUACCACGGCUUCACCGCCGAAAUGAAGGAUGCCGUGCUCCGCAACUCGCUCCUGCGCGAACGCAUCGAGACCCUUGCCGAUCGCAGCGUGAAGGACUCGCCGCUGUGGGAAAAAGCCACGCCCGAGCAACGGCUCAAGCGACGCGCGCAGGUCGUCAGUUGGCUUGAAGAAGUCACGGCUACGCUUGCGCAAAAGAUGAUUUGCAAAUUCGAGCACAAGCGCAUCGUGCGCGUCGCGUACUACAUCGUCAUGCAGAUUCUCGCGCGCUCGUAUAACCAAGGGCUGCAUGUCAAUGCGGAGGAGAUUGCGAAUUUGAAGAAGACGGCUGCGAUGGCGGCAGAGAAGGGCCAGAGUCUGAUCUUUUUGCCGUGCCAUCGCUCGCAUAUAGAUUAUGUUUGCAUGCAGGCGAUCUGCUUCCGAGUGGGGAUAUCGUUGCCGACCAUUGUCGCGGGGGACAAUCUCAACUUUGCCGUCAUUGGGCCAGCUCUCAACAACCUUGGCGCAAUGUGGAUGAGGAGAUCAUUCGGCGACGACCAGUUAUACAGCGCCCUUAUCCAAGCCUACGUCGACACGCUCCUCUCCGGCGGCUUCAACUUUGAGUGCUUCAUCGAAGGCGGCCGCUCCCGACUUGGAAAACUGCUUCCUCCCAAAUUUGGCAUUCUCAAAUUCAUCUUCGACACCGUGCUCUCCGGCCGAACAGAGGACUGCUGGAUCGUUCCCGUGUCGACUCAGUACGAUCGCGUGAUUGAGACCGAGAGCUACAUCAGCGAGUUGCUCGGCCGUCAAAAGCAGAAAGAAAACCUGCGAGAUUUCUUCUCCGCGCGCGAGAUUCUCUCGCUCAAGCUCGGCCGCGUCGACGUGCGCUUUCAUGAGCCAUGGAGCUUGCGCGGGUACAUAAACUCCCAGAUCGAGCGAUACACGCCCAGCGGCACGCCCGUCCCUUCGUUCACCGAGGCGGCUGGGAACGAGCAGUUGCGAACUCGCGUGCUGCGCUCGCUCGGAUACGAGGUUCUGUCAAACAUCAAUAAAGCGUCGGUCGUGAUGCCUACAGCGCUGAUCGGAACUGUGCUCCUGACGCUGCGCGGACGAGGCGUAGGCCACUCGGAGCUCAUCCGUCGGAUAGAGUGGCUUUGCGUACGAAUCCGCGAGCGAGGCGGUCGCGUGGCUGAUUUUGGCACGCUGACGACAGAGCAAGUGGUCGAUCGCGGGCUGGAAGUGCUGGGCCCGCUUAUCGGGAUCUCGGGCAAAGACGGCAAGUUGCUCGAGCCAACUUACUACGCCGCCGACCGGUUCCAGCUCUCGUUCUACCGGAACAUGGCGAUGCAUCUCUUUGUGUCGGACGCGAUCGUCGCGGUGGCGAUGUAUACAAAGAUCAAGCAAGGCGGCGGCCCUGCGAUGCAGCGCGUGCCAAUCAAAUACCUAUUUGAGCAAACGCAAUGGCUCUCACACCUGCUCGCCGGCGAAUUUGUAUAUAUCCAGCAGCCAGGCGGCAUCAAGGCCAACUUCUGGGAGUCGAUCCAGGUGCUGCGCGACCAGGCCGUGAUCUCGCUGACUGAGGACGGGUCGGUCGAGUUGAGCCUCGAAGAGCGAGCGCGCGGACGGGAGUUUUUUGAUUUCUACUGUUUUCUGCUGUGGCCGUUCUGCGACGGAUACUGGUUUGCUGCCGCGGCGCUGUUUAUGCUGACGCCCGUCGCAGCCGAUAUCGCUUCUUCGCAGCAAACGAACGACAGCAACAACAGCAGCGGCGCAGAAACACUCUGGGUAGAAGUAAACGAGUUUCUCGAGGUAGCGCAGCUACUAGGCAAGACCGUCUACGCACAGGGCGAUCUCUCAUACUUUGAAGCCGUGAACAAGGAAGUCCUGCGCUCGGCGUUCAACGAGUUUGAAGCGGAGGGAAUCCUUGUCGUGCGUCGGUCAAAGUCAGGACGCACGCCCGCCAUCAUGUCGCUUUCUCCUGAGUGGGUGCCGACGCGAUACAGCUCCCCUGCCGAUCUUCACCACGACGCAGGCUACGCCGCCGUCGCAGCAGCAGCAGCGGCAGCCGGAGGCUCCCCCGCAGGCGGUCUGCAUGACCCCGGCGCGUUCUCACGCUCGUCGCGGAUAAAGCCCGAAGGUAGACUGUGGGACUACGUCGAGCGGAUUUCAGUGUUUAGACGGGAGGGCAAGAAUCGGCGCGACUCGCCUAGUGUGAGUGUGCGGGUGCUUGCGCUCGCGGAUGAUGCGGGGAGAAGGUUGAAGCAGAGACGGCUGCUGAGCGUCGAGGAGGCGAGUCGGCCUGCUACGGAUGCGCUGGUGAAGGUUAGUCGUGGGAGAAGGGAUGUGAGGCUGUAAAUUGAUUAUGAGUUAUAUAAGGUAUACAAGAUGGUGACAGAUCUGGAUUUUGUACAGAUUCUAUUAGUAAAUAAAAACAAAUGCAUAUGAACAUCACU